AGAGGCUUUAUCGGGGAGGAGAAGGGGAAACGCGCUGGGUUUCGCCGCUGGCACAGGCGUGGGGGGAGCCGGCGGGUCCUGCUCCGCGGUGGCCGAGGGGACCCCGUCCCCGGCCGGCUGCCGUCCUCGGCCACCCGGGAACCAUGUCCCAAAUCUCUCCAGUUUGGCAGCACCUCCCGCUUCGUCUACAGGAGGGUUUUAACUUUACAGUCUCCUUGGAGACAGUUAAGCAAGUUUGGGGUGUUUUCCGGUGCUAGAGCAGAGGGACUGGGGAGCUGAAGAUGCACAGGGAGGUCUGUGAGUUAAUAUUUUUUCCUGCCCUUAUUCCACUUCCUCGCAGCCCGGCUGAAGCUAAUCCAGAGCACGAUCUGAGAGCGUUUGGCCGCAGUUAUUUCCGGUUUUAUUUUGUUGCCUUUUUCCUGUUCCACUAAAAGACGAGCCAGAAUUAAUUUGCUCCUAAUCUGGGAAAGCAGCCGACGGGGCUUGACCUCCUCCGCGUCCUUCCCCCCGCCCCGAGCCCAGCCGGGCUGCGGGGACCUUCCCGCCGGGUGCUGGCAGCAAACUGGGAUUUCGGCAAAGCCUCGUUGCUUUUUCUGCCGGGCUGCCAGCUUUGGCAAACCUGCCCCAGCCCGCUUGCUCGCCUGCCUACGCCCCGGCCAGGCUUCCAGCGUGGCUUGGCCAUGUGGGUUGUGUUUGUACACAGAUGAGUAAUACGGGCGCCCGGAGCCAGCGCCGGCGAUAACGCAGCAUCCGACCCAGCCCCGCUCCCGGGAGCAGCGUCGGAGGCUGAGGAUUCGCACGGCGUGAGCUCGCCCGUGGGUCCGCGCCGGGAGGUUGGGAGAUUCUCACGCGCGCCGCGGAAAGACGAAGCCGAGCAGCGGAGGUGGAGCGGGGAGAGGCGGCGCUGCCAAAGCCACCGGCGGGGCCACCCCGUCCUGAGCAUCGCUGCGGCCACCACGGGACAGCCCCGGCCCAUCGCUGCCCCAGCGGGGGGUGAGAUGCGGCCAGGCCGGGUGUGAGGCAUCGCCGGGGCUCGUCCCGAGCCAAAAAACGUCCCUCAGAGCCUCAACCCCGACCUGCACGAUGCUGAGCCUCAAGUUACCCCGGCUGCUCAGCAUCAACCAAGUGCCCAAGUGCCGGUCCUUGCCUUGCAGGGGUACCAGGAACAGGGGAUCCUCUUCGGGUAUCGCCCCCCCAGCAGCUCGGCAGCCGACUGCCUCCUCAGCGUCUUCCAAAUGACGAACGAGACCCUCAACAUCUGGACUCAUUUUGUGCCCGCUUGGUACUUCGUGUGGACCCUGGUGGGGCGGCUGCGGGGGCCGGGGGGCCAGGAGGACCCCCACGCCUGGCCCCUCCUCGCCUACCUGCUGACCUGCUGCAUCUACCCCCUCGCCUCCAGCUGCGCCCACACCUUCAGCACCAUGUCCACCCGCGCCCGGCACAUCUGCUACUUCUUCGAUUACGCGGCUCUCAGCAUGUACAGCUUGGGCUCGGCGCUGGCGUACUCGGCGUACAUCUUCCCAGCAGAAUGGCUCGACAGCACUUUCCACCACUGCUACGUCCCCAUCGCUGUGUUCAACACCGUCGUCAGCACCGGUCUGUCCUGCUAUUCCAGGUUUCUGGAGGUGGAGCGGCCCAGGUUCAGCAAGGCUUCCCGCACCCUGGCCUUUGUGUACCCGUACCUCUUCGACAGCAUCCCUCUCUUCUACAGGGUACGCCUCCCACCGCCCAUAUUCACAGCACCAACACAUUUGCUUGCUGCAGGGUUGGAAAUAUCAGCUGCUUCAUCUCACUCUGAAAAUAUUUGGGAAAAUAUGCCAGUCAUUUUUUUUUUUUUUUUUUUUUUUUCCCCCCCCAAGGAAAACAAACUCUGGCAGGAAAAGAGAUUUGGUUAUUUUUUCCUGUACCUAUUGAUAGGCAGAUUCCUUCACUUCAAAGCGCCGCGCUCAAACUUUGCUCGUGCUGGAAAGUUCCUGCCUUUGAAAGCCGCAGGUUUUCCAGUUCCUAAACUGGAGCGGGGUGGGAAUUUUGCUCCAGUGAGCUCUAAGGACAAGAAGUGCGGGGCUGGGAUUCGCGUGAAAACGGAGGCGCCAGCUCUUGUUCGGAGCCCUGGGUCCUGCCCUGGGGCUGGGCAGCUGGAGAUGACGGGGGGGUGGGGGGACUCGGGGGACGACGCUGAUUCCUUUAGAAACGUGUUGUUCCCCUCUUUCCCCUGCGUGGGACCCCUGCGUGGGGCACGUCUCUGCUGCUGCAGUUCUACCUGUGCGCGGCGGAGAGCUGCACGGAGGCGGCGAUCCUGGUCCACUACAAGCACACCGCCUUCGCCUUCCUCACUUGCUUCAUCUUCGCCAGCCACCUGCCAGAGAGACUUGCGCCAGGACACUUUGAUUACAUCGGGCACAGCCACCAAGUUUUCCACGUCUGCGGGAUCAUCGGCACGCACUUCCAGAUGGAAGCCAUCACGAUGGACAUGGCCGAGCGCCGCGGGCGGCUCCUGCCCACCUCGCUGCUGCCCUCCUCCCUGCAGACCCUCGGGUCCAUGGGCAUCUGCACGGCCGUGAGCCUGGCGGUCAUCGGGCUCUGCUCCACCUCCCUGCGCUUCAGCCCGGAGCCUCCGCAGAGAGAAAAACCACACGGGCAUUAGGCUUCGGGUCUAUCCAGUAUUUAUG